AUGAACCUAGACAAGAAGUUUUCUAAGCUUAUACAAGGAGAAUUUGAGAUGAGCAUGAUGGGUGAACCAAACUACUUCCUUGGUCUUCAAAUAAAACAACUAAAGGAAGGUAACUUUGUGAGCCAAACCAAGUAUUGUCAAGAACUAAUCAAGCGAUUUGACAUGGCAAAAUCAAAGAUCAUUGACACCCCAAUGCCUACUGCCGUCAAUCUUGAUCAGGAUGAACAUGGUUAUUCCGACUCUGACUUUUCCGGUUGCAAGUUGGAUAGGAAGAGCACUAGUGGCACUUGUCACUUCUUUUCAAACUCUUUAGUGAGUUGGCAUAGCAAGAAACAAGUGUUUGUUGCUUUGUCAACCGCCGAAGCGGAAUAUGUGGCUGCCGGAAAUUGUUGUGCCCAAAUAUUGUGGCUUAAACAACAAUUACUCGACUAUAAUGUGAGACUUGAUCAUAUUCCAAUCUUUUGUAACAACACUAGUGCUAUCAUUCUAACAAAGAAUCCAAUUUUACACUCAUGCACUAAACAUAUAGAGAUUAGACACCAUUUCCUUAGAGAUCAUGUAGAGAAAGGCGAUGUUGUAUUCGAGCAUGUUGAAAGUAAAAAUUAA